AUGAGAAUGAGUGGGUGGAGUACUACAAUGGGAAUAAGUGGCUGCAGUUAUUCCACAAAUAAAUCAUCGGUUACACACCUGCUCAUAGGCAGUGCCAUUUGCUCCACCAAGUUUUGUGUAAGGCAAUUAUUUCAUUAUACUCAGCUUCCAAUUCCUAUCGUCCUUGUCUAUUUCGCGCCGCAUGCCUAGAAAAUCACAACGAAGAGAAGACAUUUGUUUGCAAGGUGGGAGAGGUUGCUUUUAUUAACUUCAAAACAUUGCAUUACGACCAUACAAAGAUAAUGAGAUUAAUCUCCGAGAGGGACGAGAAACGACUAGGAACUGGAGAAUUGGAGGCGACUUCUAUGAAACGCUUCGGGUGAAUGUGGUUUGAGACUGGCAAAGCAAGAUCUUGGCAAAUCCCUGUGAACCUUGACACCACAUAAUUGCCCAUCAACUGGAAGAUGACAAUAGUGGAUAGAUGAGCAUGGAUGCCCAUGUCAAUGUUGCAUCCAAGGAUGUCGAGGGAAAGGAAGCAGCGGGCUCGUCCUCAUCAUUGGAGCACAUCGACGAGGACGAUGAUUUCUUCCAAAUCGAGGGUCCGAUUCUCAGUAGCCAAUUCUCCCUGGACGCAGAUAAGUCAGCACCAAUGUCUAGGGACGAGUGCCCGGACCCGAAAAGAAUCCCCUCAUCAGUUUUCGAGAGAUCCAAGUCCGGAACACCGACUGACUGGAGUGUCACAUCAAACGAGUCUCUCUUCAGCAUCAGCGUUGGGAAUACGAGCUUUUCCAAGGAUCAUAAGUUCCUGUACGGGAAGUCAGGUGAGAUGGGGAACCCCAACGACCCGUUGCCGCCACUGCCACCAUUGCCAAAGCAGAGCCCGGUGUCCAGCUCCAGCCUCAUUCAACGAGAGGUUCUACCCACGACAACUGGGGAAGCUAGUUCGAUAGUGAAGCAGAAUGCUCCCACGGAGAAGGGGGGAGCAGACACGGAUUGCAUAAAUACCUCCUCGCACCGAUCGGAUGGAAGCACAACGAGCUUUGCAUUUCCGAUAUUGACAGGCGACGAGAGAUCCAAUGAGAACUUGAAGGACAAUGAUCCUGAGCUUGCUCGACAAAGCACAGCGCAACUGAGUCAUCCAGUAGAGCCGCAUGAUGAGAAGAACGAAACUCCGAAAGCUGCAAUGGAGGCGCCUAAUCCUGAAGAGGCUCCCGUACCAGUAUCAGUAUCGGCACCGACAGAGCCACCACCACCGCCAGCGACGACAAAGAUGUUUCCCUGGUGUUCUUGUUGUCCAUUCUGUUGCUAAGGAACGUGCAAAUCGCCAUCCAUAUGCAUCACCUUGGUUCUUUCCAUAGUAGUAGAAGGUUAUGUCAAUAAUUUGUAGAUGCUCAAAUCAGUAGAAGGCGUAAUACUAUUGUACACACGAAAAUUGUAAACAAUAAUAUCAGAUCAGGAAUUAGGGAUGAGAUUGAUUAUCAUUUACUUGCUC